GGUGACUUUCGCAGAUUGGAAGAAAGGAAAAUUAUAAUGAAGCUUAGUAUAAAAACUGGAAACACAUCCAGUUUGCGUUUCAAAAUUUUACAGAAGGAGCAAUAAUCGUCGUAAAUUUUGUCUAAAAUUGAACUAUAAAUCACAUUAAAGAGUUUUGAAAUGACUCGCCAUGGAAAGAACUGUACAGCUGGGGCGGUAUACACGUACCAUGAACGAAAAAAAGACGCCGAACAAUCCGGAUUUGGCAGUAAAAAUCUUCGUCUCGGGAAGGAUUCAGUAAAAGAUUUUGACUGUUGUUCUUUGACAUUGCAACCAUGUAGAGAUCCAGUCAUAACUCCCGAUGGAUUUCUCUACGAUAAAGAAGCUAUCUUAGAGUCUCUCUUGCAUCAAAAGAAAGAAAUUGCUCGCAAAAUGAAGGUCUACGAGAGGCAAAAGCGAAAAGAUGAACAAGAGAAACGAGAUAUUGCUUUGACAAUGGAAAAGAAAAAAGUUGAAAAUUUUGAGAAGUUGGAGAAACGACUUGCGACUGAAAAACACGAUGCUUUCAACUCAAGUAAAGGAAGCAGUCCUUCGAAGUCAGUGACAGAUAAGAAAGGCAGCAAAGAAUUACCAAGUUUUUGGAUUCCUUCCUUGACACCUGAGGCAAAACCAGAUGUGGCAAAGAAACCAGAUUUGAAAACAAAAUGCCCAAUGUCUGGUCAGCCAUUAAAAUCCAAAGACCUCACUCCAGUCAAAUUUACUUCAGUUGCUGGUGAGGAAAAGUCUUUAAUAACCCGCGAAGUUCGUUACAAAUGCGCCGUUACCCAUGAUGCUCUUGGUAACUCCGUCCCGUGUGCUGUGUUGAGGAACACGGGUCACGUGGUCACGAUGGAUUGCGUUGAAAGAUUAAUAAAAAAAGACAUGCUUUGUCCUUUUACUGGUGACAAACUUAAGGAUAGCGAUAUAAUCCCAAUACAACGAGGUGGAACUGGUUUUGCAGGCUCAGGGAUUGAGCUGAAUGCCAAGAAAGAUGGACCCGUCAUGCAGGUUUAACCAGGAUGCAAUACUCGAUGAAAUGAUCAAGAAAUACUUCCAUCUGAUCGCAAAAAGCCUGACGUAAUUCAUGAGCGCCACAAUUAUGCAAGUUAUGUUAACAAAACUUUAUUGUCCAUCGAAUGCAAGACAAGUUUUGCCUCAAAAAUGCUUCCAUGAAUGCUAACCUGAUCAGUACAGAAAACAACUGCUUCUUUAAGAAAUAUACGGUCAAUAACUAGCAAUAUUUACUCUCAUUACGUCGAUACGUCGUAUUUGCUAAAUCUCUCUAAUGUUAAUUUCUAAGAUUAAAGUAAAGUUGCAACAGAGGAAGCCAUGAAUUUAGCAAAGUAUAUUGUAUGCAAAGUAAUUUUUGCUGCGAUUUCUUUAUGUUUUGUGUAUAGAUUUUUUUGGUAAAGUAGAUAUUAUGCUUCUUAUGAAUUUUAUGUGAACAGAACAAAGAUAUGGUUUUAAUAUCAUGUUUGCUCAUUUUUGGAAACCGUUAGUAUCUGAGCUCAUUAUUACUGUUUUGAGUAUGAAGCUGACAAUUAUGCUGAUUAUAAAUCAUCUGGCAAAAAUAUGUAUAUAGCCCAAUUAAAUCGUUAAAAACAAA